UUGUUAUUAUCCUGCAGUCAUCAUCACCUGUUAGCCGAUAUGUGGCGCUGUUAAUACAGUUCAGAUGGAGCACCGACAAUAACCGUUAGCAGAAUGGACACCUGUCAAUCAUACUGUGGAGGGAAACAUUCAUAAACAUUUAUUCAAAUUUCCUCUGACAUCUCCGUUUGAAGCGUGCGUGACACGUCAUCUCCGCCGUGGCGUCAUGACGCUUUUCCGGCCGCGCGUCAGCCUGUGGAUGGAGGAGUCACAGUGAGCAGAGCAGAACAGACAGUAAAGAUGAACACCUUCCCUUCAUUACCGCCGCGCUCUCAUUACCGCCAUUAAUACAGGAGACAGCACACGCGCAUGCGCUGCACACACGGGGCCGUGUGUUGGGAGUGAUGGCGUCUCCGUUUGUGCCGGUUCCGGUGCCCAUAGAGCGCCCCCCACGGGCUGACAGGAGCACCUCUUCCUUCACUCCGCCGGGUCAGAGUCCAGUGACCCGCGCCAGGCUGAGUGGGCCGGAGCCCUCGGUGGAGUUCUGCAGCUGCCCCCGCUCUGAUGGCCCGCCGGACACACCCGACACACCGCGGCCCGCCACGCCCACUGUCCUGGGCUAUGAGGUCAUGGAGGAGCGCGCAAAGUUCACUGUCUACAAGGUGCUGGUCAGGAAGAGUGUGGACGAGAGCUGGGUGGUGUUCCGGCGCUACACAGACUUCUCCAGACUCAAUGAUAAGCUGAAGGACAUGUUCCCCGGGUUCAGGCUUUCUCUUCCUCCUAAGCGCUGGUUUAAGGACAAUUAUGAGACUGAAUUCCUGGAGGAGCGACAGCUGGGCCUGCAGACCUUCCUCCAGAACCUGGUGGCCCAUAAAGACAUCGCCAGCUGUGUGGCCGUUCGGGAGUUCCUGUGUCUGGACGAUCCCCCCGGCCCCUUCGACAGUCUGGAGGAGAGUCGGGCGUUCUGCGAGACCCUUGAGGAGUGUAACUACAGGCUUCAGAAGGAGCUUCUGGAAAAGCAGCGAGAGAUAAACAGCCUGAAGGAGACGCUGGAGGAGAAAGAGCUGCAGAUUCAGAAGCUGGAGGAGCGAAUCAGCGGGCCGCUCCUCACCCCAGACAGCACGUGUUGUGUGUCGGAUGUGGAAUCCUCCGCUGCUGAAGCUGAUCAGGAGCUGCUGGACGACGGCCUGUGUGCGGGUCAGUCGUCUCAGAGCUCAGUGUGUUGGUGUGCUCCGUCCAUCAGCCGAUCUUCUCCUCCGGUUAUUCAGGUCACUCCACUGGAACACUGACCGGCUCCUGUGUGUGUGUGUGUGUGUGUGUGUGUGUGUGUUAGCUUGGUAUCUGCUUCACCAAAAGCCAUAUGUACCCUGCAGCGGGACAGACUUGUGCACUUUACAGCCCAGGGGAUUAUGGGAUGGAUGCUCCUGAAGAGCCGCGUGCCUUUCCUCAAACACAGAGAUGAAGACGCUGUGCCUUCAGUCUGCUCUCACACACACACACACACACACACACACACACACACACACUACACUGAUCCUCUGCUGGUGUGCGCUCACUCAGAUGGUCAGGUGUGUGUGUGUGUAUGUGUGAAAGCAGAUGCUCCUGGAUUCAGCUCUACUGUUUACAGCAAUAUCUCUGGUGUUUCUUCAGCGGGUGAUGAUGAUGAUGAUGAUGAUGAUUACUGUAGCUCUUAUUAUGCAGAUGUGCUGGUCAGAGGGUUCUGCUGGACUGAGGGAUGUCUUCACUGAUGGAUUUCUGGACUUCUGCUCAUUAGAACUGUAUUUAAUAUAAUGAAGAGUCUGUCAGGAAAUAUGAUGUGAAGUGUGUGUGUGUGUGUGUGUGCGUGCGUGCGUGCGUGUGUGCGUGCGUGCGUGUAUGCGUGCGUGCGUGCGUGCGUGUGUGCGUGCGUGCGUGCGUGUGCGCGUGUGUUCGUGUGCGUGUGCGUGUGUGUGUGUGUGUGUUGGAUGACAGCAGUUUAAUUGUUCCUCAAUGUUAGUGUCAGUAGAUCACAGCUCUGGAGAUAAUCACAGAUUUCAUUCCGUUUCACAAUAAAACCACAUUAUAGUUAAAGAA